AUGCUUUUAUCAUGCAAACCACUUGUUUUACCCUACCCCUCACUUGAACCCAAGUCAGCAAAAGCUCUUAAGAAUGCGCCGGAAAAAAGCAUCAAGGAAUUGAUGUUAGAACGUUAUGUUCAGCUUGCUUUGGAUGAGAUGAAGGAGGAUUUUAGGUGGAAUGGGAGUCUUUGUUUAGAUCGUGUUUACGAGAAGGAUGAGAAGAAGAGGAAAAGGGGGGCGCCGGAAGAAGGUGUAGGAAGGCAUGAUGUCAUCAAAGUUGAGAACGUCUGCAUGCGUUCAAAACGCGUUGAAAUAGAUGAUGUGGCGGGUACAAUGCCACCCAAGUCAACGAUGUUGUACGGUAGUAUUUCUGAAGUCAAUGACCAGGGUGAUUUAAAACUAUGUGAGGGCCUGCCGAGCUUUCAUGUAAUAAUUGUUGAUCCGCCCUGGCCUAAUCGAUCUGCCUUGAGGAAGAAUGCUUAUACUACUGCUUCGGGAUCACUUGGUAUAGAAAACCUAUUGAAAUCUUUACCAUGUCAUCACAUAGAAAACGGCGGUUACGUCGGGAUAUGGGUAACCAACAAGCCCGCCUUUCAUGCCAUGCUUCUCGACAAAUGUGGAUUAUUUGACCACUGGGGUUUAGAAUUGGUAGAAGAAUGGAUUUGGCUAAAAAUAACAUCUAGUGGUGAGCCAAUUUAUGAUAUUAAAGGAACAUGGAGAAAGCCUUGGGAGAUUCUUCUUGUGGGACAAAAGACGAGCGUUGAUAAGAAACUUGAGAAAAUGGAGUUUGAUCCUAAGAAAUCAGUUGGGAAAGAGAGGUUGGACGUCAAGGGGGAACGCGAAGAAACAAACUUUACAAACCAAAGCCCCUUUAAACACUUAAACACAAUCAAUCAAGUCACGUCCACCACAGCUCCAUCGUCGUCUUCAUUCUCUCCCAGCCCAGCCCAACCCAAAAUCUCCACCAUUCCCAUAAGGCGAAGAAUUUUAAUAGGAGUCCCGGAUUUACACUCACGAAAACCGAAUCUGAGAUUCCUUUUUGCACAAUUAUUGGGUACUCAGGAUUAUAAAGGUCUAGAAAUAUUCGGAAGAAAUAUGACAGCAGGGUGGUGGGUAUGGGGAAAUGAGGUAUUGAGGUUUCAGGGAGAUAGAGCUUGGGUUGAGGGAGAAGAGGAGAGGAGGAACGGUGAUGAUGUUCAUAGGGAGCCAGCGGAGUCCGUACUAGCUGAUGAAAAUUGGGAGGAGAGAAGAACUGGGAAGGAAAUUGAGGCAGGAGCAGGAGGGGUGGAGAAAUAUGAGUCUCCAGGAAUGCAACUGAAAAUGCUAAAUGGUUGA